AUGGGGACAACUAAUCCACAACAAGUUCUCGAGUAUUUAGGAGAUGAUCUCUACGAAGAAUUCAGCGACGAAGAAUCUAUUGCUUCUCUUGACACCGACGACGGCCAAGAUCACCCUCCCGAACGAAUCCUCGCCCAAGUAAAGGCGAAGAAUAACUUCAUCUGGUAUCUGGUCAAGUGGCAGGACUGCCCUGUCAUACGAUCUAGUUGGGAGGGAAGAGACUUGUUCUCUAACUGUCCCUGGGUUCUCGAUUCCUGGUGUGUCGAGCAACAAAGGCAAGCUGAGGGUUUGUCUAAAGCCAUCGAUUUAAGGUCGUUCAAUAGAGCUGUAUUCGACGCUGAAGCAGCUUCACAACGGAGACGUGUACUUCGAAGAUUAAAGCGGAGAUUUAAUCACAUCAAAAAGAUCGAGCGAGUACUUCCGUACCACAAGCUUUUCAACAUGGUUCAAAUACCUACACGCUGCCUUCUAGGCCUGGCAUGGCUAUUGUUGCCGACACUGGCUCGAGCUAUCUCUUCAUCCCCCGACUCUGCAGUUGCCUCCACCGACCUCAUCUGCCCUACGACCAACGCCGCAGAAUGUUAUCCUCGCAUCUUCGAACCUACAAAAGACUUCCAAACUAUCAAAGAAGGCCAAGAUAUACCCCCGGGUCUUCAUGUUCGAAUGAACAUAUAUUCAGGCGAGAGUGAAGCACGGCUUAAUAUUCCAAUGGAGGGAGAGGAGGGGUACAAUCCAGAAGUUAUUCCAAGUGAACAAGCGAUGGUCAUCGUAGACCAACCAGAACCAGAAUCAGAGAAGCCCGCUCUACGGGAUCAAGUUCCUAUUAAAGCACCGGCGUACAAGGACGCAGGCAAAAUUCCACCUCCGAUCCCCAACCCAGAAGCUGGUGACGAAAUGGGCACUUUUCAAAAGGCUCUCUUGACAAUCAAGAUGGAUGCGCGCGCGAUUGAUGGUGCGCUCGACGACCUCUCCGACCUCUCCCACGAUAUCUACUACGGCGUCGAAAUCGCUAAAGACGGGCCAGUCCUCGAGAAGCUUGUCUGCUUAACCUUAGGGUCCGGAUCCGAAAAGAUCCCCGCUACCGAGAACGGUCGAGAUCACAAGGCCGCUUCUAUUCUCGCUUCAUCUAUCCAGAACAACCCUACUGCCUUAAAUGAAGUGGCCGGCUAUUCGAAAAUGGUCAUGUACCCAUCCUGCGGACUAGAUAUAUCCGCGAGCAAGCAGAAGAAUUUCGUCGACAUGUUGCGCUCGCGCUUAGAUCAAGAGAAUAAUCCCAGUGCAUUGAAAGCAAAGGUCAAUGCUAUCAGCGGACUCAUUCGAGACCCUACAAUCCGAGACACCUUCCUUGAGAAAGGAGGGAUGGAGCUGUUGCUCGAGAUCUUCUUGAAAAAGGAAGAUGGGUUUGAUGUUGUCAGACGAAACGUAGGCCAGCUGGUGAUGGAUAAUUUCCUCGAUGAGGGUAUGGGGGCCGUUUUGGACGUGUGGCCGAGAACACCCGUGAGUGAAACGAAGGUCUGUGAGGCCAAAGGGACGAUGCUGGGGGAUGGGUGUUGGGAGCAUCACGUCAAGAGCUUCUCGAAGUCUGCGUCGAAAGCAGGUUGGGCCAAGGAGCUCUUGGCUGCCUUGAAGGAGCAACGGAAAAAAGGGGACUCCACUAAAGAUAGAGAAUUAUAG